CCUAACUGCGAGGACUGGGGGACCAUGCGGUGCGGCUGUCGGAGAGAAACGGGGAACGGCGACGUCAGAGCCUGUGGAAUAUGGAUCAAUGGCUGUGGCAGAGCAGGUACCCGGAAUUUCGACAGAGCCGGAAAGGAUAAGACAUUGAGUUCAGAUCAGAAUGGAGAAAUCCAGUACAGCACGCAUGAUCACGUUUUGCUGUGCACCCUCAAUGUAUGCGGCGGCCGAGUCACUCUU